AUGGCUUUUCACGUCCCCCAACUUGACUUAUCCCAAUAUCAAUUUCCCCUACAGGCCUUCAUAGGCGGGGAAUUUGUCGACAGUACGGGCAACGACAAACAUACUCUGAUAUCUGCCGUCAACGAUGAAAUUAUUACAAAAGAGCUCCAGUGGUCCAAUUCUCAAGAUGUCGAUCUGGCAGUCGAAGCCGCGGAGAAGGGUUUGCAGCAGUGGAAGUUGAUGAGCAGGGAACAACGGCGAGAUGCACUUGUCAGGUUUGGCACCCUCAUCAGAAAGAAUCGACAACAGCUUCAUUGGCUUGAAGCCGUAUUGGUUGGAAAAGAUGCCGGCUUUAGCAAUUUUGAGAUUGGGGCUGCCGCUGACCUCUUCAUCUAUUAUGGCAACAUGAUUGACAAAUUUGGUACUGAAGUUCUGCAUGCGGAAGACGAUACAAUGAGGUAUACUCUCCGACAGCCGUGGGGUGUUUGCGCCGGCAUCUGUCCCUUCAAUGCCCCUCUUAUUACCCUCGCCAUGAAAGCUGCUCCUGCGUUAGCUUGCGGAAACACCAUUAUCAUCAAGACCAGUGAGACGAACCCCAUCUCAACCUUGUUUAUGGCGUCCCUCUCCUGUCAAGCCGGCUUGCCACCUGGCGUCCUCAACUGCCUCGUUGGCGGUGCCGAAGUAGGCGAUGCUCUGGCCUCGCAUAUGCGGAUUCGCAAAGUGAGCUUCACUGGGAGUGUGGGCGUUGGAAAGUUAAUUCAUAUCGCCGCUGCGAGAUCGAAUCUCAAAAGCGUAACGACUGAACUUGGUGGAAAGUCCCCCAUCAUCGUAUUCCCUGAUGCCGAUCUAGAUGGAGCAUUGAAGGCGGCAACCAUGUUUCUCAUGAUGAAUGGGCAAGGAUGUGCCCUCGGAACCCGACUUUACUUGCAUGAGUCUAUUGCCGAUGCAUUCGUCGAUAGACUGUCAAGUGCCAUUCAGGAACACGCGAAGGGACUAGGAGGCGGCCCCAUGUCAAAAGCAACCUUGUCCUCGCCGCUUUACCACCACCGGCAGAAAGCGGCUGUCAUGUCAUUUAUCAAGGCUGGGCAGAAUGAAGCUACACUCCUAUGGGGCGGUAGAGCUCUUGGGGAGAAAGGCUGCUACAUCGAACCUGCGCUCUUCAUUGACCCUUCUCCAGACGCUCGAAUUCUCAAGGAAGAAAUUUUCGGGCCCAUCCUGGUAGUCUCGAGAUUUUCGUCGGAUGAUGAGGUCCUACAAAUGGCCAACGAUACAGAAUUCGGACUCGCUGCCUAUGUUUGGACCAAGGACCUCGGACGGGCCUUGAGAUUUGCACAGCAGUUGGAAGCUGGGAGUGUCAGCGUGAAUGGAGCUGGAGGGUUCAGCCCCGAUGUGCCUAUGGGAGGUUGGAAACGUAAGUCUUGCCCUGGGUACUGUUAUUUCUAA